AUGGUGAACGCCAUUAAAGGACUGUUUAUUUCCUGUGACAUACCAAUGGCACAGUUCAUUAUCAACUUGAAUGCUUCGAUGCCCACAUCACAGAAAUUCAUAAUACACAUCUUGGAUAAUACUCACAUGUUUGUGCAACCCCAUGCAGCCGAAAUGAUUCGAAGUGCCAUUGCUGAAUUUAGGGACGCAAAUUCCUAUGAGAAGCCUGCAUAAUCUCCUUUUCUUUUUUCCCAUGGUAAAGUUAUAUGUGAAAGAUUUUUAUGUAUUCAAAGCAUUGUUUUGCAUACUUGGAUAGAUUGUGGACUGUUUAAAAUGGAUCAGGUGCUUCGAGCAAGAUACUCUUAAGUUCGAAAUGUGAUAGAUAAGAAUGUGUUUUGCUGUGAACAAUGGUAGGCUGCACUAUUAAUUACAGUUGCGAAAAUUUUCUUUUAUGUAGUUGAUGCAUAUUUUAGCC